AUGACCAUCCAUGUCGAGGGACUUGUGGCUAUCGCGCUUUUCUACCUCCUCAUACUUUUUGUGGGCAUCUGGGCGGCAUGGAAGAACAAACACUCCGGGGAGGCCGAGGGGACCGACCGCAGCGAAACCAUCAUGGUCGGGGGUAGAGAUAUUGGAUUAUUCGUCGGAGGAUUUACAAUGACGGCGACUUGGGUUGGAGGAGGAUACAUUAAUGGAACUGCUGAGUACGUUUAUCUGCCAGAUUAUGGUUUGGCUUGGGCACAAGCCCCCUUUGGAUAUGCCCUUAGCCUUGUUGUUGGAGGACUUUUUUUCGCCAAGCCCAUGCGUUCAAGAGGUUAUGUGACCAUGUUAGACCCGUUCCAGCAGCUGUACGGCAAACGCAUGGGCGGCCUUCUUUUCAUACCUGCAUUAAUGGGAGAGAUCUUCUGGUCCGCCGCCAUCUUGUCGGCUCUUGGUGCCACUCUCAGCGUCAUUGUGGACAUCAACAUCAAAAUGUCAGUGGUUAUUUCGGCCCUCAUUGCCAUCUUUUACACCCUGGUUGGAGGACUGUACUCAGUGGCUUACACUGAUGUUGUGCAGCUCUUCUGCAUCUUUGUUGGGCUGUGGAUCAGCGUCCCAUUUGCUUUGACCAACCCGGCCGUCUCAGACAUCACAGUGACUGCAGUGAAGCAUGUUUACCAGUCUCCAUGGAGGGGCAGCGUAAACCCGAGGGAUACCUGGGUCUGGAUCGACAAUUUUUGCCUGCUGAUGCUUGGAGGCAUUCCAUGGCAGGUGUACUUUCAACGAGUCCUAUCUGCUUCCUCUGCUACCUACGCACAAGUCCUCUCCUUCAUUGCUGCUUUCGGAUGCCUUGUCAUGGCCGUUCCCUCUGUUCUUAUUGGAGCUAUCGGGGCCUCAACAGACUGGAACCAAACAAGCUAUGGUGUCAUUCCGCCAAAAGACAAGGAAGAGGCGGAUAUGAUUCUUCCCAUUGUUCUCCAACACCUCUGCCCACCGUUUGUAUCUUUUUUUGGCUUGGGUGCGGUAUCUGCUGCUGUCAUGUCAUCUGCUGAUUCAUCCAUCUUGUCAGCGAGCUCCAUGUUUGCAAGGAACAUCUACCAGCUGGCUUUCAGACAGUCGGCAUCAGAUCGCGAGAUUGUGUGGGUCAUGCGCAUUACCAUCUUUGUGUUUGGUGGUCUUGCUACAGUAAUGGCGCUGGUUACAGGAACAGUUUACGGACUGUGGUACCUCAGCUCAGACUUGGUUUACGUCAUCAUAUUUCCACAGCUCCUCAGUGUGCUUUUUGUCAAAGGCACAAACACAUACGGCUCAGUGGCCGCUUACUUGUUUGGCAUGGUGCUACGUAUAGGUGGAGGGGAGCCCUACCUGCGACUGCCCCCUUUCAUUUAUUACCCUGGAUGGACCAUUGAGCAACGCAAGCACCAUAUUACUGGCGAUAUGGAGGAUGUUGUCAUUCAAAAGUUUCCUUUCAAAACAGCCUCUAUGCUUGCUUCCUUUCUGGGUAACGUUGCGUUUUCCUACCUCGCCAAGUACCUGUUUGAGAGCGGCAAGCUGUCUCAUAAAUACGACUUUCUUGAUGCUGUUGUGUCCAAGCACAGCGGAGAAAUUAUGGAUAAGACGACACUCGUGACUCGUGGCAACAACAUCGGGUUGUCUGAAAUGGCACCCGUCAAACCGCGACUGAGCGUGACCUUGGCGGCUGCCUUCACACGCCGGGACACACUGCCAAAAGACACUGUGGAGGAGGAAGAGGAGGAGUCAAGCAAUGACUCCUCCCACCAUGAUGAAGAAUGA